AUGGUUGCAAAAACUCAGGAACCGUUCUUCCAAGGGAGUACGGGAAAGAACUCUCGUGGGGUUUUAAGAAUUGUAAUUCUUUGCUUAAUUGCUGGCGCUGCAAUUGCCAGUCGACUGUUUUCUGUGAUUCGAUUCGAGAGUAUAAUUCACGAAUUCGAUCCUUGGUUCAAUUUCAGAGCUACAAAAUACUUGGUCUCGAAUGGGUUCUACGAUUUCUGGGAUUGGUUUGACGACCGAACAUGGCAUCCACUUGGUCGAGUUACGGGAGGAACUUUAUACCCAGGUCUCAUGGUGACCAGUGGUGUCAUCUACCAUGCCCUUCGAGCUCUUACUAUACCAGUCGAUAUUCGAAACAUUUGUGUGCUUCUUGCACCUGGUUUCUCUGGUCUGACUGCCUUCGCAACCUACCUCUUCACCAAUGAGAUGUCCACAUCCCCUUCCGCCGGUCUUCUUGCAGCUAUUUUCAUGGGAAUUGCACCAGGUUACAUUUCGCGAUCAGUUGCAGGCAGCUACGAUAACGAAGCCAUUGCAAUCUUCUUACUCGUCUUUACGUUCUACCUCUGGAUCAAAGCCAUCAAGCUCGGGUCUGCAUUUUGGGGUGCUCUUUGCGCCUUGUUCUAUGGAUACAUGGUAUCAGCCUGGGGUGGAUAUGUUUUCAUUACCAAUUUGAUUCCUCUUCAUGUCUUUGUAUUAGUCUGCAUGGGGAGAUUCAGUCCAAGAGUUUAUGUCAGUUACUGUACUUGGUACGCACUAGGCACGUUGGCAAGCAUGCAAAUUCCAUUUGUAGGAUUUUUGCCAAUUCGCAGUAGUGAGCAUAUGUCUGCUCUCGGUGUUUUCGGCCUUCUUCAAUUGGUUGGAUUCGUCGAGUUUGUCCGCUCGGGUGUACCAAGCAAGCAAUUCGCCACUCUCCUUAGAGGGUUUGUCCUUGCCGUUUUCGCUAUCUCCUUUGGUGGCUUAGUACUUUUGACCGUCUCUGGUGUCAUUGCUCCUUGGACUGGACGUUUCUACUCUUUGUGGGAUACCGGAUACGCCAAGAUUCACAUCCCUAUCAUUGCCUCUGUCUCUGAGCAUCAGCCAACCGCAUGGCCAGCUUAUUUCUUCGAUCUUAACCUUCUCAUCUGGCUCUUCCCAGCUGGUGUGUACCUUUGCUUCUUGAAGCUUGCCGAUGAACAAGUUUUCGUUGUUGUAUACGCAAUUCUUGCCAGUUACUUCUCUGGUGUCAUGGUUAGAUUAAUGCUUACUUUGACCCCAAUCGUCUGUGUGGCUGCCGCGUUGGCAUUGUCCAAUAUCUUGGACACUUACUUGACCUUCAAGUCGCCUGAAGAACCAACCGCAACCUCUGCUGUAACUGACGGUGCUAGCAAUGGCGCCACUAAGAAGGCCGCUAAACAAGAGGAACUCCGCUCCAUGCGUCAACCUCUUGUCGGUAUCUACGCUAGCUUCUCCAAGAUUUCAGUUGUUGGCGCCAUGACAACAUAUCUCUUGAUCUUUGUUCUCCACUGUACUUGGGUCACAUCAAAUGCCUACUCUUCUCCAUCUGUCGUGCUCGCUAGUAGAAUGCCAGACGGUAGUCAGCACAUCAUCGAUGAUUACAGAGAGGCUUAUCAAUGGUUACGACAAAACACCAAGGAAGAUGCGAAGAUCAUGUCCUGGUGGGAUUACGGUUACCAGAUUGGUGGUAUGGCUGACAGACCAACACUUGUCGACAACAAUACCUGGAACAACACCCACAUCGCGACUGUCGGAAAGGCAAUGAGCUCUCGUGAGGAGGUCAGCUACCCUAUAAUGCGCCAACACGAAGUAGAUUAUGUUCUUGUUGUCUUUGGUGGUCUCCUUGGAUACUCUGGAGAUGAUAUCAACAAGUUCUUGUGGAUGGUCAGAAUUGCCGAAGGAAUCUGGCCAGAUGAGGUUAAGGAACGUGACUUUUUCACUGAGCGUGGAGAAUACAGAGUUGAUGAUGGUGCCACACAAACCAUGAAGGACAGCUUGAUGUAUAAAAUGUCAUACUACAACUACAACUCCCUCUUUCCACCUGGACAAGCCCAAGAUAGAGUUCGUGGCGUAAAGAUGCCAGAAGUUGGGCCAGUUCUUAACACUGUUGAAGAAGCAUUCACUAGUGAGAAUUGGAUCAUCCGAAUCUACAAGGUGAAAGACCUUGACAAUGUUGGCCGAGACCAUGCAUCGGCAGCAUCCUUCGAUAGAGGAAACAAGAAGAAGAAGACAUUGAAGAAGAGAGGGCCAAAAGUUUUGAGAGUUGAAUAA